GCAUCGAGCAGCAUCCCUGCGCUGACUCCCCCUUUUCCCGCGUCUCGCUCACUUGAGCGCGCUUUUUGACCUUUGCUACUCCCGAAGUGCUCCCAUAACAGUCGCCGGCCAUGGCUCCGGCCCCAACAACACCGAGGCGCAUAGUGCGGGGCCGGCGUCCGGGCCGCCCCAGAGGAUCCGAGUCCGCCAGCGCGACUCGCUCCAAGCGCAGCGUCUCCGAUGCUCCUGGCACUGAACCCGCCCCGAAGAAACGUCGAUACAUCCCUGGUGGCCCCGGCGGGGGUGGACGCUUCGUUGACGAAGACGGCACCGAGAUCCCCACCGAGUCGCUCGCCCACACUACCACCGCGCCGCGGGUGCGAGCAUCCGUCGCGGCUCAAGCGCAGCCUACCCCGACCGUAUAUCCACGACGAGAGAGAAGCACCCGUAUUCGCACAGCCGUAAACCGGGACGAGCGAGAUGAUAUGCAGUAUAGCACGGCGGCGGCCGUAGCGGCGGCAGUCGUGCAAAGCGAAGGAUACAAGCCCCGCGAGGAGCGCGGAUGGGAGGAGUUCCACCCAAAUCUCGACAUCGAGGCCACUUUCAUGGUGUAUCAGGCUGAUGAAGUCGACGGCGUUGUGAAACCGGUCCCACCCACACCGGCUGCGCUGGCCCCCGGCAUCCAUGUCGACGGUACAGGCACGCCCACCAAGGAGACAAACCCGGGCCUUGCGACCGAGAUGAGCGGGACACCAAGCAGACAAGGCAAACCGUCUCUCGGCAGCCUCCCAGAUACUCCUGGCAGGCGUCGGGUUGGUAGGCCACCUCGGGACUCCUUCUCGCUGUAUGCCACCCGGACCCUCGAGCUCGGCGCAACCCCAAAGGUUCCCAAGGUCCUUCCCAUUCACGGGCAGGCGUCGAAGGAGCGUCUCGAUCUGAAACAGCCUCAGUACCGCAAAACAAACCGAAUCGCCCUGUUCGAGAGCAAGACCUUUGGUCAGGCGAGAUAUGUCGACAAGUCGAUGAUGAAUGUGGGCUAUCAAGAGAGCGACAAUUUCAUCCGACCGGAUCGCAACCUCAUCAAGGCGACGGAUGCGAACAUGGAAGAGGAGACCGAUCAGCCGGGCGCCGUGAAAGUCGACGGUGACGCUGUACAACAUCCUCCGGCUGGCACUGUCGGUCGGGUGGAAUAUGACAUGGACGAGCAGGACGACAUGUGGCUCGAGAAGCUCAACGUACAACGCAAAGCCGCUGAGCUCGACCCGAUAACCCGCGAGAUCUUUGAAAUCACGAUCACGAAAAUCGAGAAAGAGUGGCAUGCGCUCGAGAAGAGGAUACCGAAGCCGAAUCCGAAGCCGCCCCAGACUCAUCGGCCGCGGUCGAGCUCGGCGGCUGCAGUGAACGGCGAGCCGCAGGCUGGGGAGGAACAAGAUAGCAAAUGUGCCAUCUGCGACGAUGGCGACUGCGAAAACACAAACGCGAUUGUGUUUUGCGACGGUUGCGAUCUUGCCGUCCACCAAGAGUGCUACGGAGUGCCCUUCAUUCCGGAAGGACAGUGGCUGUGUCGCAAGUGCCAGCUUAUUGGGCGCGGUAUUCCGACGUGCAUUUUCUGUCCAAAUACGGAUGGGGCGUUCAAACAGACGAACUCAUCCAAGUGGGCGCAUCUGCUAUGCGCCAUGUGGAUCCCUGAGGUGUCACUGGGAAACCACACCUUCAUGGAGCCUGUCAUGGAGGUGGAAAAAGUCCCCAAGACGCGUUGGAAGCUGGCAUGCUACAUCUGCAAUCAGCGCAUGGGAGCCUGCAUCCAGUGCUCUAACAAAAACUGCUACCAAGCCUUCCAUGUGACUUGCGCCCGCCGGUGCCGGCUGUUCCUAAAGAUGAAGAACGCGCAGGGGGCCCUUGCAGUUCUCGAUGGCAGCCUCCCGCUCAAGGCGUUCUGCGACAAGCAUUGCCCGCCGGACUAUGCCGAGGAAAACGGCGUGGCCCGCGCGACGAAAGAUGCGAAGCGCUUUUACAAGCGCACCAUGAAGGGCCGCAUCUGGGCAGAUAGCCAAGCCUCGGCCUUGCAAAUCGCAGCCACCCACCGCAACGCCAUCACAGAGCACCCACCGGACGAAUCGCAGAUAACCGGCGCAAAAGUGUCGGUGGUUCUGGGAGAUAAGAAAAAGGGCCAGCCACCCAAAAACGUCUGGAAAUUGCCAUCCGGCGCACCCAUCAUUCCGCAAGCCGUUUACGACCUGGUCGAGAGCGCCCUUGCACGGUUUCCGAUUCGCAAGCGUAAGGACUUUGUAGCGGAGGCCUGCAAGUAUUGGACGCUUAAGCGCGAGGCACGUCGCGGCGCCGCCUUGCUCAAGCGGCUACAGCUGCAGAUGGAGACCUUCUCUUCCAUGGAGCUGACUCGGCGCAACUUUGCCGCAAUGGGCCCCUCGGGCAGGGCGCGGCUCGCGAGGAGGGUCGAGUUCUGCCGGACACUUAUCAAGGAUCUCGAGCAGCUCAAGGAGCUCUCCGAUGCCGUCGUGCGGCGCGAAGCAGCGAAGCUCGAGGCGGCCGAAAUCGAGCAAGACUUCAUCGAUAGCUGCUAUUUCCCCAUCUUCAAGGAGAUGCAGCCGAUCCUCGACAAGGCGUUCCUGCUUGAUAAGAACGUUUUCAAGCGGGGACUGCAGAAACUCCAGGACAGGCUGGACGAACGUUAUUACACCACAACACUAGACUUUGCCCAUGAUCUGUGCCAGGCUAUCAAUGCUGGGAUCAAUGACCCCGCCACGGCAUCAGCGGCCCAAGAGCCACGAUUCGAGCCCGUCGACGCCUCUCCUUCUAAGCACAGCAACUACUCAGAGACCGCCGCCCGCAAGCGCCUGGGCAAGAGGAUCCUGAAGUUACUUCAGCCAUACCUCGAGACAGUCCUGAAGGCCGAAGCGGACAUCUGCGGCAAGUCGAUCGAGACACUGCAGAAAGAACUCGAAGGCGUCCUCGAAGCGAGCCUUGAGGUGCGGCGAGCACCUGGACCUAGCAUCACAGUAUCCGGCGAGGACGGCACAGGUUCCAAGCAGGACCCAGACGUCGACAUGGCCAACCCUCCAGAAGAGGGGCAGAUCAUAGUAGUCCGCCCCAGCGGAGGCGAGGAAGAUGUCGACGCCGACGCAGAGGGAGAGCCUGACGAGGCUGCCGAAGACAACAUCGAAGUUGGACGCCGAGAUGCGCACGAGGACACCCAGCAACCGAAUAACACCCUCUCCGGCGACCAAGCCCCACCACCCAACGAUGCCAGUCACCAUCUUGCCAACGGUUUCCCCAAACCUCCCUCUUCCGCAUCCCCUCCAUCCUUGCCAGGUGGAAACUACAACAAUCACCUCUCGCCCGCUCACGAACAUUCCAACAACAAUGAUCCCCUCACCCCACCUCAAUCACACGACUCCAACUCGUUGGGCUCAUUUGCCGCUCCUCCGAACCAAAACCCGUCCAUCACAACGACCGCCGCAUCCAGCGCCACCGCAGUCGCUACAGGCAACAAUCCGCUCACCGACGGCGGGGUGCCCUGGUACCUGUCCGGCUUUGAGCUCCGCGGCACCACAGCCGUCGAAGAGCGCUGGACUACGGGGCGGGACGCCGUCCGCAGUCUUAGCGAGGAACUGACUGAUAUGGAUGAAGAUGCGCUCCGGGACCUGGAGUUUGAUGUCGAUGAGGAGAACACGAUUUCGGUUCAUCGAGGGGAUGACGACAACGACGGUGAUGAUGGGGAUGCGGAAGGCGAUGGCGACGCCAUGGAUGUGGCGCCCCCCGUGAACUCGAAUGGAGGAGUAAGUACGAGGAGAGGGAGUCUGAGGAAGGCCUCUUCUCUCCAAGUUGUUAGCGGCGGUGGUGUCGGCAAGAAGAAGGGGAAGGCUGAGGUGCCAGCCGGUCAGAGAUUCUCUUUGCGGAAGGGCGUGAGGAGCUCGGCGAGAAGAAGGUAGUUCGUUUUUCUGGGACAUGAUCCUUUCAUCUAUUUGCUCACUAUGCGUAUAACUGGAAUGGGGAUGUAUGAGUAUCUGUUGGUCUUGACAUUCUU